ACAGUCAUGUGUUUAGGGUUUUUUAAAGUUUCAUGAAAAAUAUUGUAUGAGCUGCUAUCUGCAAGGUUUGUGUGAAUAUUAAGGACUUAAUAUGGCUUUAGACUCAAGUGGAUGCUCAGGUGCAAAGGGUUUUUUUUCUUGGAUGGUAAAUGACAGUAAGGUUUACUGCAGUCAUGCAGAUACUGUGACACAGGCAUGGCUGGCUGUAUUGAAGUUCCACAGUAGAAAUAUUUUACUGAUGUGUAGCAACCAUUAAAACUUUGAUCUGUGAGUCAGAAUUUUCCAGGUUUCCGUGAAUGGAAUUAGCUUUAUCUGCUCAAUCAAGUGGUGCAAAUAUGGUGAUUGACAGCUCUAGGCCAUUGUCCUUAUGAGUGAACUUUUCUUCAGCAGCGGGACAGACAAAAUCUUCACAAGCAGGUUUCCAGUGCUCUGAGAGUAAAAUUCCUCUGGAUAAAACGUUAUGAAAAAGAUAUUACAAGGUCUAAGGACUUGCAUGGGGACAUAAGACUCCAAGAUCUAACUUCUAGCACAAGUACCACAAAAAGCAUGGAAGAGAAGAAGAAAGAGAAGAAAGCAGAAGAGCAACUUACAGAACCUGAAUCAGCUUUCCCAGAAGCCUUACUAGAAUUUCAAAUUGAGACAAAAGAAGCAGCAAUUGACCGUGCUUUGUUUGAUCUGAAACAAGUGGAAAAAAAGAACAAAGAAUAUCAUCAAAGAAAUGACCGUCUGAAGGAAGAACAGCAGGAACACAUCAGGCGCAUACUCAGGCAAAUGAAAGAAGAGGAGAAAGAACAAGAUGAAAAGCAGGUUGUGACUAGGGAUGAUGUGGAAGAGUCACUGAAAGCAAAAUGGCAGUAUGUUAAGGACCAAGAACAGCUUCUGAAAGAUCUGCACUCCCAAAUUGAAGAAGCUGGCCAAAGACUUUCAGAAAAGCAGAGUGAGAGGGAUUAUUGGUUGGAGUACAAAAAUGUAGGAAGUAAAGCACAGGCCAACAGGAUUAUGAAUCUGGAAAAAGUCAUUAAGGAAAUAGAAUAUGACCUUCACAGUACUGCAGAAUAUCAUAGAAAUGCUUUAAAAGCAGUGAAAGAAGAAAAUGACAAACUGCUUGAAGGGCACAUGAAGCUAAUUAAGGAACAGGCCUGUGAGAAUGCUGUAAGAUACUUAGACAAACACAGUUGCAGAGAAAUUGAAGAGAAUGAAUGGCUAAAAGAAGAGAUUAAGAGGUACCAAAAGGAAGUAAGUGAUUUGAAAGCCUCUAUUCAGCUCCUGGAAGAAGAAAAUAUUGCUUUAGUGACAAACAUAAUUGAUGCCAGACUUCAGAAUCUGAGGGUAUGCAGGCAUUUGUUUCUUACUCAGGCAGCUGGUUCACAAGAUGAAUUUCAUAAGGAUGAAAUGAAUGAAGCAGAGUAUAGAGAGUAUGCAGCAAAAGCAGAUGGAGAUGAAAGCCUCAGAAGUGCCACAGUCCCCUGUCAGAAAAAUAAGGACUUUGCAAAGAGUCAGUCUAAAACAGAGAAUGAGAAGCCUAAAGACAGUGAUGAGGAGCUGUGGGGAAAGUCUUUCACUCCAACUAUUGACAGCUUGUUGUAUGAAGACAAAAAUGUUUUCCAGGACUACUUAAAGCUGGUCCCUCUGGAGACAAAUCUAAUGUGUGUCGUUGGAAGAGCCAUGCCUAUUCACAAAGAACCAGAAGAAAUGCCAGGCAGGAGCCACACAGAAGAUGGCGUUACUGGUAAAUCAGACAGGCACAUCACAGCUCAGAUGAUCAAGGCCUUAUCUAAAGACCAGCUGGCCAAAUAAAUUGCAUGACCCUGUAUCUUUGUUUCUUGGCUAGUCUCCAUGAACACCUUUCUUAGUGCAUUGGUCCAGUGGGUCUCUCCGCACCCUCGUUGCACAUCCUGGACACCCCCCCACGAGAACACAACGCAGUUACCUCCCACAGGCACAGGAGGCUUCUGACCUAUCCAUUGCCUAUUUAGAAACUUGUAAAAGCAUCGAAUAAUCUGAUGUAAACCCUUCAGCUGCUUGAUAUAAAGCUUUUAAAAAACCUUAAAACAUUCUACACAACCUACAUCUGUGCAGUGGGUCUCACUUUAUCCUGUACUUCUGUGCAAACGUUUUUCAUUUUCGAGCGAGCUCUGAUGUUCCUACCCAGCAGGUGUCUUCUUGAGUUGCAGGGGAGUCCAAGGCUGGGCUCCACUGCCUGCAGCUCAGAAACGGGGCUCACAAGCGACCUGGAGAGGUAGGAGCCUUCACCUCAGACCAAAUCUCACUUGUGUUGCCAUGUGGUAAACAGCCAGAUGAGCUGGGACGUGCUCUUGCUGUAACCCAGCUGAGUUCCCACAAGGCUGAGGUCUCCCCUGGAGAGCGGGGAUGGGAAUUUGCGAGGUGCUAACUCAGUGCAGCAGCAGCAGCAGCCUCCCCUCGGCUAGGCCGCUCGCUUUGAGUGAAGUGCAAGCCCCAUGAAAUGGCUUACUUGAAAGAGAGAUUAGUUCUGCUUGGUGAUUAGUUUAGCUUUUCACUCAGUCACAGAAUUAGAAUAUGGCUUAUGCUGAACAGCUUUUCAGUUAAAGAAAAGCCUCUCCUCCUUCCCACCACCCCCCAGAGGGCAUUUCCAGUUCCUAGUGAGGUAAAUGUAGGGCCCAUCUCUAGGCUUCUCCUUGCUUAUGCCCAUAAUGCAUCCACCACGUGUAGGACAUAUGGCAGGACAACACAAACACGUACCUUAGAAAAAAAGAAACUUCGCCUCUUCAAGUCACUGUUUAGCCUUUUACUGUAAAUGCCUGUGUGGGUGAGAGGGAGUUAAAAAGAAAUCUGAAACAUGCUAAUUAGGGUGCAAGCCACAGGCAGCCUGCACAAGCCAGGAGCAACAGCCUGUAGCAAAACAUAUUUAGUGAAGUGUCCAAAAUCCCCUUGAUUUCUAUAGGAUUAGCAUUAAGGCCAGUGUGAGGCUUUUAUGCAGAGAAAGCUAGGUCUUCAGCAAAUGAGGCAUCUGGGUUUGAUAAUUUUGCUUCUGGCAAAAUCUCUCAGCAAUGAACAACAUGUUGUAAAACAGAGGGUUGAUCCAUCCACUUUCUGGCAGCACGGCUAAUGCUUCCAACUCAAACAAUGGGAGCCAGGGUUCACUACUCCAGUUAGGAUAAAACUUAAAUUCCCAGCAUUAUCAAAUACCUUUUCUUUACCAUGUUUUUGUCGUGCAAGACAACUACAGGACACUAGGUUACAUGAUGUAGGAAAGCAUCUGUGUGUCCCCACAACUAUAAUCCAAGCAAAGCCUUGGUUGAGCUGGAGUUAUGUAUUUAACUGGCACACAACUCAAAAGAAACUUGCAGUUCCAACAGGAAAAAAAAAAACCUCACAAGUGUUCACUGAAAAUUCAAAGUUUAAGAAAUAUGAUCGUUACCCAAGUUGCAAGUAAGUGGGCGGUAAUAAAAGCUAUUUUAAUAGAACUGAAGUCCAUUUGCUGGAACCGAGAAACAUCAAUCCGUCAAAUGCCUAAAAAGCACAAUGGCGUGGGGUGUCCUGCUAGCCUGGAUCCACUCAAGUGAUUAAAGGAGCUGCUUACCUCAGCACACUGCUGGUUUGAACCCUCUCUGAGCUAUUUCCCUCUAGAGUCAAGCAAUUGGAUUAUAUUGCUUUAUAGUCUGGCUGUGCAAGUCUGAUCGCUCCCCAGCCUGAGCUGCGGGGAAUGUAGGUUACUUAAAAACCAGACCCAAAGUUGAGAGGUUUGCAGCCCUCGAUGCAGCUGGGUUAUAUAACAAGGCAAUCUUUCCACAGGUUCAGACCUGUGUGUUUUGGGAAAUGAGGGUAGGAGACUUGUUCUGCAGCAUUUGUUCUUGUUUGGCUGCUUUCUGAGAGAGAAGUUAUUAAACACUCUGCUUCUGUGGGCUAGGAGGAGUUUGCCAGAAUAAGGUCAAGGCAGAAGCUAAUGGACUGAAAAGUUACACUACAGUGACAAGCAAGGAACAGAGAAUCUUAUGGUAUUAGCGUCUUAAGCCACUGAUGUUUUGCAGCUGGAUUUUCCUCUGAAAAAGACUUUCCCUUGAAUUUUGAGUCCACUGUAGAAAUAAGGAUGUUUCUCUGUAACACGACGCUUCAGAGCUCAUGUUCUGCAGACUACCACAAACACCGUGUUGCUCUAGGACAGGACAGGGUAAGGAGAUGCCAACAACCGUUGCUGUCUGUGGCCCAUCAAACAUCUCCACUGAGCCAUGGAAAACUGGGAUUGGACACGGUGCUGGAUCUUUCCCUCACUUUUAGCGAUUGAAGUGCAGCAAGAGGCUGAAAUUGUAUCAAAUAAUGCUUUUCUAGAAAAAUAGUACUUGGGCAAUGGCUGUAGCUCGCAUGGGGAAGCUCAGCAGUU